GAGAGCGCCGACCCGCCUACCUUCACACUGAGUGGGAGCCGGCGGCAUUUGCUGCACUUCGCCCUUCUGGUAAAAUAUCGUGAUGGCUGCCGUUUAUUCUGGCAUUUCCCUUAAGCUUAAAAGCAAGACAACUUCCUGGGAAGAUAAACUAAAACUCGCUCACUUCGCUUGGAUUUCACAUCAGUGCUUUCUUCCAAAUAAAGAACAAGUAUUGCUUGAUUGGGCAAGGCAAUCAUUGGUUGCAUUUUAUAAGAAAAGACUUGAACUGAAGGAAGACAUUGUUGAAAGGCUGUGGAUCUAUAUAGAUAAUAUUUUACAUAGCAGAAAAUUGCAGAAUCUCUUCAAAAAUGGAAAGACAAUUAACCUCCAGAUUUCACUGAUCAAGAUCAUAAAUGAAAGAGUAGCCGAAUUUGUUCUCUCAGGAUCCCAGAGAAGCAUCUCUUCUGUCCUGAGUUGCUGCCAGGGCAUCCUCUCGACGCCUGCCCUUUCUGUCAUUUAUGUGGCCAAGCAAGAGCUGAUGGUGACACUCUUGAGCCAGCUGUGUCAGUCGGCCUGCAGGCAGCCAGAAGGAGCUGUGGUAGCCCAAUUAUUCGAGGUCCUCCACUUGGCUUUUGGCCAUUACCUCUUGAUUCAGCAGCAGCAGGUCAACCCCAAACGUGCCUUCGGGGAAGUGAUUGGGCAUCUGCUCCAACCCUGCCUUGUGUUGCGACACUUACUCUCGGUGGGCCAGUGGACACAGACUGGUCAGGGACAGCUGCGGCAGGCCCUGAGCCGGGACAUUAGGAACCAGAUUGAAGCCAUGCUUCGAGGUGGAGCUUUUCCGCCCGAGCUGCUUCCUUCCUACAAAGAAGAGCUUCUCGAACAGCAGCAAGGCAGUGCCAAGAUGGGGGCUGUGAAAACCCUGCUAACACCCAUCAACACGCUGAUCUCCAAGGUGGUAGCUACUGGCUACUGUGAGCCAUCGCUUCAUGCAACUGUUGUGGCCAGCUCAGUGGCCUUGCUAUAUAAGCUUUUUUUAGAGUCUUACUUUAAGGAGGGGAACCAGCUUCUCUGCUUCCACGUGCUCCCCAAGUUGUUUGAAUGCCUGAGAAUUUCUUACCUGCAGGAGGAACAGAGUAAAGUCCUCUCCACAUCAGACUGGACUACAGAACUUUUGGUUGUGGAGCAGCUUCUAACCGCAGUGGUCAACAACAACAUCUACAACAUUGCUGCCGACAAGAUCCGGCAUGGGGAGGUUCAGUUCCAUUUUUACCGCCAUUUGGCUGAGUUGCUGAUAAACCAUCCACAAGCAUCGGUGCCUGCCUGGUUCCGCUGUCUCAAAAUCCUGAUCUCUCUGAAUCAUUUGAUUUUAGAGCCAGACCUGGAUGACCUGGUGGCUUCAGCUUGGAUCGAUGCAGAAGUAACAGAGUUCCGAUCUAAAAAAGCCCAGGAGGUGCUUAUUACCACGUUAUUCCAGACUUACGCUAAACUCCGGCAAGUACCACGGCUGUUUGAGGAUGUUCUGGGUGUGAUCUGUCGUCCAGCUGCGGAGGAGCUGAGGCGGCCUGCUUUUUCCUCAGUCCCUUCCACGGCGCUCUCUGAUUGCCUUCUGGAGUUGCCUCCCAAUCAGAUCUUGGACACAUGGUCCCUCGUGAUGGAGAAGUUUCAGUCGUUGGUCUUGCCGUAUUUGCUGGAUGAUGCUGACAUGGCCCUGAAGUCACUGUCGCUGAGCUCGGUGCUGUACUGUGUCAUGUUCCACAUGAAAAGCCUGGACAGCAGCACGCCACUGCCCGUGGUCAGACGGACUCAGUGUGUGAUGGAGAACAUGCUCAGUGGACUCGUGCGGCCCUUGCUCCACCUUCUCAUCGGCCCCCAGCGCCCAGAGGUUGGCCUGUGGCAGCAGCAGGUCAGUGACUCUGCACUCCUGCUCGCCUACACCUGGGCCCAGGUGGACACCAUGCUCAGUUUACACUGUAGCCAUUAUCACUCUGUGUCUGGGGCCCUUCCAGGGACUGCUCUGGAGGUCACAAACCUCCCCUCAUUGCUCCCAAGUGUAGAAACAAAACAUUGGAAGAAAAUAGAAAAACUUACAGCUCAGUUUGACUCUCUCGGCAGGUACUGUCUGGAACAGCUCUAUCUGCAGAAGAUGAAAAGGACUUUAAUGCAUGCUAGCUGGAAAUCUAAAGAAGCCCUCCAGACUCUGAGGUACGAUGCCGCCUACAUUCUUCAUUCUGGCAAGGCGAGCUUGAGUCAAAGGACAGUGGCUUCCUGGGAUGGCCAUGUGGGGUCCGUGAAUGCACUUACUUACCCUGCAGCACACUGGCACUUGAUUGUCUCAAAUCUCACAAUGUUAAUAUCCUACCUUUCCCCAGACGAUGUGAGAUACCUAGCUACUGUCCUGCUAAGGAAUUUACCAGUGAGCGAAGCCCAAGAAAACACAGCGGAUGAAGGGCACGUUGUCACCCUUGAAAAGUUAUCCGUGGCCAUCCUUCAUAGCCCCCUCUUCCCAGAAAUGCAGAACCUCCACUCUGUUUUCUUAAUGUGUGUCACUGAAAAAUGUAGCAGCAUUCUGGUUGCUGGUGCCCAGAGGGACGUGAGUCUUCUCAGACAGCAGCUACCUUGGCUUUUUGAAAAGGACCACACAAUUUUAGCUCACUGGGAAAACAGACUGGCAAAGGUUGGGCCUGAGGAUAUAGAGUCCAGAGGAGAAAUUGGACAGAAGUUACUGUUGUUGGUCAAGAGUGACUUCCCCAUUGAGCUGGAUGGCGGACAAUUGGAAAGCAUUCUGCGACUUACGGAAGUUAUUUCUGCUCUACAACUGGACAGUCUCUUGGCUCCCUAUCAUGUGCACUGCUUCCUUCUGUUACUGUCCAUGGCCACCAGCAAGCUGGGGAGUGCUUGCUGCUCACUAACUCUCAAGUUUUUGAGGACCUGCUACCGUCUGCUUGGUUACCUGCAGAGAGGAAAAAGUGCCCUUGCAGUGUUCAAGAUCAUGUAUGCCAGUGAUAUUUUCCAGAUCAUCUUGACCUCCUUGUUCAAAGCCAGUAGUCAGUUUCUUAUUAAUAUAGAUGACCCUUCUUGGUUGGAAUUUCUGCAGGAUAUAGGGACCUUCUUAGAACAGCUAAUGCAGACGCUCAUCCAGUUAAACCUGAGUUUGGUGCUUAAUUUUGGGAAAAUCAUCACAUUUCUUUCAAGCUGCAAACUGUCCACCAUGGCAGCUUCCGGCAAAAAACUGAAAAAACAGAGUUGUCUGGGCAGGCAGCUCCUUCUCAUCUCUUUAACGAAGUUGUGCCGAGUCUUGGGGACUUUUGUUAAAGAGCAGAAGCAACCACGGGACCUCCCAGAAGUGCUGCCUGAGUUGUUGCAACAGGCCAUUCUGCGGACUGGGGCGGUGCUGCAGCUCUGCUCAGAGCCCAGUGCUGCUGGCUGGCACCUGACCUUAGUCCUCCUCUCCUCUGCCACCACGCUCCUUGAAGCGGACCUGAGCCAGUCCUCUAGGGAUGCAGAGACAGAGAUUUCCAAAGUGGCCGAUGCAGUGCCGUUUUCUCAUGCCACUCUAUACCAGUCUGUUCACUCCCAGAUACUGUCAGAGUUGCCCGCCCUAGCGGGAAACAUUCCAUCUUUUCAGGCAGCCUUGCAGUUUUUAACUCUCUUCUUUUUGGCACCAGAACUCCACCCCCAGGACCUCUCCGUCUUUAGCUCCACGUUUGACUCUAUAAGAAGAGUUCUGAAAGAUCCUGAAGUUCCCAUUCAGGUGAUUCAGGACAUGGAACCUCAUUUGGGAGCCUUGUUUACUCAGAUGUUAGCAAUUGGGACAACUGAGGAUUUCCGACUGCUGAUGCAAUGUGUUCUCCAAGGAUUGGAUGUCAGUAACACAUGGAAAGCAGAUCUGCAGGCUGUCUCGUCAGCUAUCACGUUGAUCAAAUUGCUACUGAGCUGCCCAUUAAAUGGAGAGAAGACAAGUCUGUUCUGGCUUGCGUGCCCCCAGAUAAUCCUAGCUCUCACUCUGCAAAGCCGAGAAGCUUGCCAAGAGCAGUCUUUGCUCCUCAGCAUUGUGGGGCCUAUUUUAGAUGUCCUGGCUCUGCUGCUGCGGCAGGGGGAGGAGGCCAUUCGUAACCCGCACCACGUCAGUCUGGUCUUCAGCACGCUGCUCACGGUGCCCAUGGAUCAUCUGAAGCCUUCAGAAUAUGGCAGCCUCUUCCCAAGGAUUCACAACGUGCUCUUUUCAAUCCUGCAGUGUCACCCUAAGGUCAUGCUGAAAGCCAUCCCUUCUUUCUUGAACUCUUUUAACAGACUGUUGUUUUCUGUUAUACACGAAGGGCGACAGAAAGAUAAAGCCAGCACCGACGAUCUGACGGUGGUCCUGGAAUGUGCGCGCCUAGUCGAAAGGAUGUACAGCCACAUUGCAGCCAAGGCAGAAGAGUUUACUGUGUUUUCCCCAUUUAUGGUGUCCCAAUAUGUGAUGGAGGCUCAGAAGGUAACCUUGUACCCAGCUGUGAAAGACCUUCUGCAGGAGGGUAUUUAUCUCAUUCUGGACCUCUGCCUUGAACGGGACAUCCAGUUCCUAAGGGUCUCAUUGCAGCCAGGUGCAAGAGAAGUCUUUAAAGAGCUGUACAAUGAUUAUCUGAAGUACCACAAAGCCAAGCAUGAAGGGGAGAAACGAUACACCGUCUAAUACCUCAAAGUACUCUUCGUGAUGCUUUUAAAGACCUUGGAAGAGGAUUGGACAAUGAAAGGAAUCACGUUAUAAUUUACAAUUAAAAUAUGUAGAUAAUCCUAUAGGGUUUUUAUAUUUUUCUACUCAAGGCUUUAUUCAUUUAGUAUUUUUGAUAGGUAUUUUUAUGUACUGAGUAGCACAAUAAAAUCAUGACAAAAGAUCCUGGAAUGAAAUUAAGUCAAUAAAAAUAUUUACUGUAUUUACCUUAUGACCACUCCAAAUGUGCUUCUGUCUUGCAGUGCUUUGAUUGUCCUUGCUAAGAAUUAUGUCGAAGUUUUGUUUUGUUUUUAAGAAAGCUUCAGGUAUAUGAGUAUAUCAUUAAGGCCUAUUUGCUUAUCCUUUAAAUUCUUUCAGUAAUACAGGAAUUGUUUGUGAACUGCUGCUUUCCCUGUCUUCUGUCUGCUUACGCCUUGUGGUCAGUCUGGGCAGAAUCAGUCCCUCACGAGUCUUUCUGAGCGUGGAGUGUGCCUGCGCAGUGUGGUGCCACGUGCCACUCACAUGAUUGGCUUUCAGUGGGAUGCCGGCUGGGGCUCAUGGUCUCCUGCCUGCUCUUCGCACCUUAGCUCUCUAGAGUUCAGGUUAGGAUGUUUUUUACUGUUCAGUCUAAGAAAUGGUAUUACUGGGUUGUUAUUAUGGGAAGGCCAUGCCUUGAAAUUGACUAGAAAUGUGCUAAUAUAAAUGUGAUCAAUACGUCGAUCGCGAUCAACUAGUCGAUCGCAAAUGUAGUGUGGGUAGAUCACAUGGCAUUAAAAAAAUAGACGUAAGCCUA